AUGGUUGAUCCCCCAAGUAACAGAAGCACUGAGCCCAGCCUGGCAGAUCCCUCCAGUAAGAGAAGCACUGAGCCCAGCCUGGUAGAUCCCUCCAGUAACAAAAGCACGGAGCCCAGCCUGGUUGAUCCCCCAAGUAACAGAAGCACUGAGCCCAGCCUGGUAGAUCCCUCCAAUCCCUCCAGUAACAGAAGCACUAAGCUCAGCCUGGUAGAUCCCUCCAGUAACAGAAGCACUGAGCCCAGCCUGGUUGAUCCCUCCAGUAAGAGAAGCACUGAGCCCAGCCUGGUAGAUCCCUCCAGUAACAAAAGCACGGAGCCCAGCCUGGUUGAUCCCCCAAGUAACAGAAGCACUGAGCCCAGCCUGGUAGAUCCCUCCAGUAAGAGAAGCACUGAGCCCAGCCUGGUAGAUCCCUCCAGUAACAGAAGCACGGAGCCCAGCCUGGUUGAUCCCCCAAGUAACAGAAGCACUGAGCCCAACCUGGAAGAUCCCUCCAGUAACAGAAGCACUGAGCCCAGCCUGGUAGAUCCCUCCAGUAACAGAAACACUGAGCCCAGCCUGGUAGAUCCCUCCAGUAACAGAAGCACUGAGCCCAGCCUGGUUGAUCCCUCCAGUAACAGAAGCACUGAGCCCAGCCUCGUAGAUCCCUCCAGUAACAGAAGCACUGAGCCCAGCCUGGUAGAUCCCUCCAGUAACAGAAGCACUGAGCCCAGCCUGGUUGAUCCCUCCAAUAACAGAAGCUCUGAGACCAGGCUGUCGUACUAA